GCCUAUGGAUGAAGUAAACAUAACCUCAAAUUUGUAUUGGUGUAUUUUACAUAAACCAAAGUAGCAAAUAGAAUCACAUAUAAAUUAUAUUAUUAUUAAGCAAAUAAUAUCAAUAAAAAUAUCACUACAAAUGCAAUAACUAUAUUGUUUAAGAAAAAAUAACAAAGGAUUCCAAAAAUAACAACACGUUAAUUCAACAACCAUCGUUGGAAUCCGGCUACCUCAUUAACAAUUUCUAGCUGUCUGCCUGCCUACCUAUCAUUUUCACAAUGAGAAGUUUAAUCUUCACUGUAUUACGGAAUAAUUUGCUCCAGCAAUCGGUGAAAAUACAACCAAGCAACUGGACAAAUAGCCUCAGCUGUACAACACGAGACAUUUCCACUCAACUGUAUCCCCUAUUAGCUGGCCAUUCCAAAUGGGCAAAUAUUCGUCACAUUAAGGCCGCCAAAGAUGGACAAAAGUCGGCAUUAUUUUCUCGAAUUGCACGACAAAUACGUUUGGCCAUACAGGAUGGUGGCAGUGCUGAUCCUAAUCUAAACAGCGAGCUGAAAAGUGUCAUUGAAGAAGCUCUACGCAAAAAUAUGCCCAUGGCAACGAUACAGAAUAAUUUGAAAAAAUUCACAGCAUCCAAGACACAACUGAAAAAGUAUCGCCAAGAUGUGAGAUUCAAACAGAAAGUCUUUAUGGUCUGCACCAUAUAUACGGAUAAUUUUGCCCAACUAAAAAUGGAUAUGUCAACCAUACUGCGUAAAGGUGGUGGGGUGCAAAUUGAUGCCGGACAUUUAUUUGAAGACUUUGGUUUAAUACAGGCAACGGCUGAUAAGACGCGACUUGGUGCUGGAGAAAGUCUUGAGGAUAAGGCGACAGAGGAUGCCAUUGAAUCGGGAGCGGAAGAUAUUGAAGUGAUAGAUAAUGAAUCGGGUUCGGUGCAUUUCAUCUGUAAACCAGAAGGGAUUAAUGGUGUACGUAAGGCAUUGGAGAACAAAGGCUAUGUUGUCAAUAAUACAGAACACAUUUUCACGCCAUUAAAUACUGUCACAUUGACGCCUGAGGAAAAGGCCGAUUAUCAAAAGUUUGUGGACAAACUCAAAGAGAUUCAGGGUAUAGAAGAUAUUUAUGAUAAUAUAGAAGUAGAUGAAGCGGAAUAGUAAUUGUCGCAACUAGAUAAAUUGUAUGUUUUAUUUUAUAAAAUAAGUUAUAAAAGUAAAUUUUGUAACACCCUAUAACUGAAAAUGUUAUAGCCUUUGUUAAAAUAAUUGUUAAUUUAAAUACUAAAUACAAAGUAAACUAUUGCAAAACAUUGGAAAGCUAAAAUAAAUCGAACGAAUAUACUGACCUAAAAUUCAAGAAGUAAUUGCUUUUUAUUUGAAAUAAAAGGAGGGUUUAAACUCGUUGAUGUUUUAAACUCGUAACACCCUCCAACCCCAAAUAUAGAAGCUCCUAAAUGCCAAAAUAUUUUCCUUGUUGAAAUCUAGAUAAAGUCCAAAGAAUUUUCUUUGGAGCUUUGAAAUUUGGUAUUACAGUUUGUACUUUUAUAUUCCACCACAAAAUGUUGGGUAUAUUUAACUUUUUAUUCCAUUUACAACACAUAAAAAGUAUUCGUGGGUUUCCCU